CUCUCUCCUUCUGGGGAUAAACAUUCCAGGCUCUGAGUGGGCGAACUGGGAGCAGUUCCUGUAAGAGGAGGUGGAUUUUUCCAUUGAAGGGUGAAGGAAGCGGAUUAGGUGGUCCCAAAGGUCAGUUUGCAGUUCUGACGAUGUCUAACUCCGAUCUCUGCCUGACUGUCCAGUGCGUUAGCUGUCGGCUGCUAGAUACAGAAGCGGCAAGCUCAGAGCCUCCUCCCCGUGUACUGCAUUCACUGCCUUGUGUGGCUCAACGUUUUGGGUCCUCACCAGCCUUUGAAAAGAUCAGCGAGGGAAGCUCAGGGGAAAUUCUCCCCGUCCCUGAGUCAGCAGGCACUCACUCGGCUUCAUCCAGAGAGCACUGUGGCGGGCUGGGGGCCCAGCACAGAAUUCCAGAGGCUUCUGCCUAGUUACGUGUAAACUCAGAAGAAAUCUAAAGCUUUUAUUUAUUGGUAACAGUUUGGAGACCCAAGAAUUGUUGGUGUCACUGCUGGAUGUUGACGGGUUUUCUCACAGGACUGAGGGGGAAACAGUCUGCUGUACUUCAGCCUAAGUUUUCCAGACACUGGGGAGAUUCCUCCACUCACCCUCGGCGUCCACCCUUUAAAACAUAUCCGCGCCCCAGGACGGGAAACGUGUGAGAUGCAUCUUCUUACCCAGUCACUGGCCCCUUCUGGUAAUCUUGCAGCCCCCCAGGAAUUCUCCUGACUUGGUCAAAAAACCGCAGUGACGUGGCUGCAUGACGUGAAUCCCAGGACACUGGACAAACAGGCACAACACGUGCCUGGACACUGCUGUUCUUUGGUGGAGCCUUACCCGCUGCUUCAUCCUUUGUGAGGAGAAGGAGGAAAGAAUUCUGGGAGCCCUGCCUUUUUUUUCUUCUUCUUUAAAGUCCUGGCCUUUUCAUGCAGAUUGCCAUCUCGGAGCCUAAAACAAAAUUGGAAGCCCUGUGGCAAAUUCCUAGGCAGCAGUUCAUUGUAAAUAACCCUCAGGAGGUCUCCACGUGCCGCCUCGGAUGCUCCUCUUACGCUUCCCCUUUGUUUUUGGCUGCUGGGCGGCAGAGGCAUAAACAGGCGGUUUCUCCAUGUUUCCCCGGACGGCUCCUUCUCGCCCAUCUCACCAGCCCCCGCGCAUCUGUGCACCCCUUCCAUCCUGCCGGGUGAACGGGCAGAUCUGGGCUUGUGGCGCUCUGAGACGGUCAUCCCAAGCCGCUGAGUCAUCCCAGUUACAAGGCUCUGCUUUACGUGUUCCUCCCGCUCUCAAGUGCUUGGCAAAAGCCCUUACCCGUUUUCUUCCAAAGACCUGUCUUUCUGCCUCAGUGCUGAGCCUUUACCGGUUUUCAGAUCCCCUUCAGGUGCUUGGAAGUUCCGGGAAAACGUACACGUGUUUGGCCUCUUGUCACUACUGUUCGUGUCCGGCGUUUGCCUUCUCAGUGCUGCGGAAGAGUGACAGCCUCCUGUGCAAGCACCUCCUGGCAGUGUACCUCAGUCAGGUGACGAGGACCUGUCAGCAGCUGGCUGUCUCUGACAAGCAGCUGACCGACGUGUUACUGAUGGAAAAGAUACAAGAAGCAUGAAUGGCGCACACGGAGCAUCACCGUCUCUCAAGACAGAAGUCCCGUCAGGAGACGCACGUCCCCAGGCAUGCACGGUCCACACGGAGGAGACUGCUCCAGACUUCUUGUUACUGUCCCUCCCCCACCCACCCACCCCCACCUCAAACUGCGGAGGGACCGUGGGUUGGACCCAGGGUGUCUGUGGUUUGAAAAAUCUGAACCAGCCCCCUGGGUGAAAAAUUUCCAGAUGGAAUCAAGCAUUUUAGUAAAACAUGUCGUGUCCACAAUUAGUCAGGUUCUUAAGUGACUAAAAUACCAGGAAUUCUUAAGAGGUUGGAAUGGUAGACAAAACAGUAAGAUGAAGUUUAGAUAAUAAGCAUUAGUUCUUUUCCCUGGGUCCAGAAAACCCUUCUGCAGUAAAAGGUCAGAGCGGAGAUGUGGCUAAGUGGCAGCAGAUAUAAAAAGACAUCGGGGCUCUGGUUUCUGAGCUGCAGGAUCUGCGGUGUUGAGGCCAGCACAGCUGAUUAAAGAGGCUGCACUGUGAGGAAGGUAGAAUCUAGAACAGGAAGUGCUGGUUUGCUCUGCAUGCAUUUCUGGGCUUUGUAAUAAGCCAGAUGAAGAAUGUCCAGUCUGAGGCAGAAAGGCCAGAGAGAUCCCAAGAGCACGUGGGGAGGGAGAGGAACGGGACGCGUCUGGACCCCGAGCGAGAGCCAAGGAGCGAUGAGGGAUGCGAGUGGACACGAGGCAGACUGCAGCACAGGCCGGGAGCGCCGCGUGCGGAGGCCGUCCACAGCCAGAACAGGCCCCUAGAAGGACCGGCUCGCCCUGGCGCUGUCGGGGUUCGUGAGCCUUCGGUGUCCUGGCAAGGUUACUGCAGGAGGAACUAAGUCAGGACACCCCAGCCCUGGGCCCCCGAGAUUCGAGGGGCUGACGCGCGGCUGUGUGAGGGGCCGCCGGGGGUGUGGGGGCUGAGGGGUGGCACGUAACACCUGCCCAGACUUGGCUCCGUGGCAGAUGUGGACUCAGAUGUAAACUUACCUCGGGGUGAAGACAGAAGGGAGGUCAGCUCUGUACAGCAGGCCAACGCAGCACCAGAAACUAUCGUUUUUAAGUUUUAUUUUUAUUUCAUCUCAUGUACAAACACAACUAUGUAACUUUCCUUAGUAAAAUGUUCACUUUGGAUUCCAGCAACUUGGCCAAACUUGAACUUGAGAGACAAGUGAAAUUCACCAUCUAGCUGUGGAAGGGGCAGACGGAAUCUGGUGGCGGGAGGGAUCCCACUUCUCCAGUUUCUUUAGUUUGCUGCACAUGGAGGAGACUGUUAUCAAACCUGUCACGAUGAUAGUCUACCUAAGAACGAAUGAGAGUGUCAUUUCCCUAAUAUAGCAGUUUCUUGAUUGAAGAAUCAUACUUUUAAUUUUCCUGGUCACCUUCCUCGGAACAUGUAUAUAUUUUUAGUAUGUCCAACUUUUUCCAUUGCCUCUAAGUUAAAAAAUAUUUGUGUUGUAAUAGUUCACAGCGUUUCACAGUAAAACAGUUUCAUUCGUUUUCUACCACGAAAGAGGCAGACUCUUGAAAAAACAAAACAUUCUUUUACGAUCCAUUCAGGCCGUCGGCAUGGUCCACACAGUAACAGCAGCCA